AUGGAGCAAGUUAGUGUCCAGCGGCUGCAUCCGGCGAGGUCCUUGCCCGGCACCCGCCUCGUCGUGACGCCUCUGGCGGACAAUUCGCCGGCCUACCCGCCGGCGCCGUCCUGCGCCACUGAGAUCUUUCUUUGCUCUCCUUCUCCCUCGUCCUCGACGCGGCUUCGGUCGCUCGUGCAGAAGCCAGAGGGCAGGUCGCAGCGGCUGCGAAGCGUCAUCGGCUUGGCUAACUCCAAGCAAGACUCCUCGUCGUCUUCCUCGGUCGUGAAGUCCUCUGCGUCUCCCGCGAAAUCCCGAGGCGGAGUCGCGCCUCCCUGUCCGCGGCAAAGCGUCGCCCUCGGGAACGAGCGGCCGCCUGAGCGGAGGCCGGCGCUUGCGUCUUCCGGUCUGCGUCCACUGGCUUCUGCCUCGCUCGCCUGUGCGGCUUCCCCGCCUUCCGCGCUUGCCCACUCGUCCCUCACGGGGCCGGCGCGCGCGGUCGACGUCGAGUGUCGCGCUGCAGGGGCUGGCGGAAGAGUCCAAGUCGACUUCGCAGCAGCGCCGAAGCACAGCGCGCCCUUUCCGGCGUGUUCGGCGCUUUCCGAGACCGCGCGGGCGCCUCCCAGGGCGGCGCCGGCGGGCGAAGCUCAGGCCGACGGGAAGGCCGCGCAGUCGCUCUUGGCGCGGAGCCGACCCACCCGCGAAGCGGCAGACGCGCCGCGCGAGAGCAAGGCAGUGAAGAAGGGGCCGGUCUCCCUCGCGCAGCGAUACCCCCGACACGCCAUCCCUCUCGAAGAGGUUGAGCGACGCAGAAGGAGCCGGGAGCGCAGGGCAGAGGGCAGGCUGGACUCGUUUUCUUCGGAGCCGACGGAAGAAAGCUCGAGGGAGAUUCCGGCGCUCACAGAGUUUUUGCACGCGAGCCCAACUAGGGAACCAGAGGAGCGGGGUAAAACGCACACCGACGUGUCGCUGCCCCCCAGCGCGUGGGCGUUGGAGGCCGCGCACGAGGCGUACCGCGAGGAACUCCGUCGCCGCGCCCGCCUGACGAGAGAGGCGCGCCAAGCAGAUCCGGAAGAAGAGACUCGCCGCUUCGUUCGCGAAGUUCUCCAAAGGGAAUGUGAAUUUUUCUCCUCCGCGCACACCCCUCGGACGAGACGUCGAAAUUCAACUCACCGGCAAGAGUCUCCUUCGGUUGACGCCCUUCCGCACCCUCCGGUGUUCACUGCGCGAGUGCCUGAGGCGACCUCAGAGGGGGAGGCGUCCCGCGCAGAGGGCCCCGAAGACGCUGAGGACGAGGAAAGCCCACCCCCUGCUGAGCCGGAGAUGUCCCCAGAGGAGUGUCUCUAUGUGCCUCGGUCGCGCCUCUGCAUGCCUCUCGGAACGCUCGAUUCCCUCCCUUCUUCGCCGGCUGACACGAGGCGCAGGUAUACGUCGCCGACGAAGCCCGGAGAGGAGCCCCUGCGCGAGGAAACGAGGCAGGGAGCCGACGGAAAGGAGACAAGCGGCCGACGAGCGAGCGUGCUGUCCCUUCGAGACGACCUGCAAGGAGACGCGCUGAACGAACAGGACGUGCAAGAUAAGCAUACGACGAAACUCAAGGCGGCGCGGCAGGGUCGGGGUUUCGAUCGCGAGGACUUGGAUCCGAGAAUCGACGCGCGCUUUCCGCGUCCUCGGGCUGGAGGAAGAUCUCGAGCCCACAGCAAAUCACCGGUGCGGGACUCGGCGCUCGCUGCCUCUUCGACUCUCGCCGCUGCGCCUGCUCACCUCCGCGGCCUGGCGCCGCGCGUCGCUCCGCCGCAGAGCUCCUUCCGCUCGCCUGCCUUCUCCGCGGAGGCCGGAGGGCUUGCGCGGCCGCGGUCGGUGGAGGGCGAGCGCCUGGGGGGCCUGGUCACGGGGCUUCCGACCGCGGCAUGGGAGCAGCCGGCGGGCUCUACGUCCCUGCGGCUCCUGGCGCGUGAGGCUGAAGCCACCGGAAGCCGCGAGCGCAUCCCGCAGCCACGCGCCGGCGCGGGGGAUUCGGUCGAGUCCCAGGGGGUUGAGGCCACCAAGCUGCGCAAGGCGCGAAGUGCCAUGAUUCCGGCAUACUGCUACCUGGUGCAGUCGCGGGAGGGCGCGCGGCGGCCGCCAGUUCCGGCAGCGUCUCCUCUCUCUUUCGGCCCGCCGCCGUCUGCAGUGCGAGGAGACUCUGGCACGUCUCCUCUGUCCGUGCGCGAGUCGCGACAGCGGCGGGCGGCGCCUUUUCUUUCGCCCCUCUGUCCCUCGUUCGCAGCUGCCUCGCCGACUCGCGCGCCGCCUAGCCUGGAAGCCGAGCCAGUCCGCACCCCGAAGCUCCUACCCUCGAGGCUGCCUUCUUCGGUGUUUUCAGUCGCCACAGAUCGAGCCAGGGCUUCGCCGCGCGCGGCCGUGGGCUUCGGGUUGGGCUCGGCCGACACCAGCGAGGGUGGCGGGCACGGUGCGACGCCCAGCCUCGCCACGACCAUCUUCGGAGGCGCCGCGCGGCCGCAGAAGACACUGAGGGACGAAUCGCGGGAAAGGAUUCAAAGGCAGACGGCGCUGCGCCUCGCCGAGGAGAACUUGGCGCUGCAGGAGAGGCAUAAGCGUUUGUCGGAGGAGGCGAGCCGAACGGCCAGGCUCGAGGCCUCAGCCCGCGAAGCCAGGACACGUGCGAAGAACUACUCGCUUCUCUACCGGGACCAACAGAAGAAGGCUCGAGAGCUCCAAGACACCGUCGACGCUAUGGUCGCAGAGCUUCAGAUGGCGCGUGCAGAGCUCGUGACAGCGCGCGACUCGCUGCAUGAGCAGGCGGCGUCGCAGCGUCAUUUGGAGGAGAGUUGGGUCUCGCGCGGUGCCGAGAGCGGCCAUGGAGCCACGGGCGGGCGGCGUCUCAGUUCGCUGCGGGCUUCACGCAGCUCGUCGAGGUCCUCUCGCGCCCGACUCGUGGAGCGCGAGACGAGCGAGGACGAUGUCCCGGUUCCGUGGGCGCUGAGGCAGUCGAAGCUGCGCGGAAAUCUGCAGGCUGAGGAUUCCGCUGGCUCGGUGACAUUCCGGCCGGACCCGAGCCCGCCUGCGCAGCGACCUCCGAGGGCGCGUCUCCUCAGUCUGACGCCGACGGUGCCGUCCGCUCCGCCGUCGCCGCUUCGUCGCGGUUCUCCCUCCGGUUGCGCCUCACCUUCUCUCCGGCGGCCUUCUCUUUCGCAUCCGUCUGGGCGGCGCUUGUCUUCCCCGCGCUUCGGCGCGUCCUGUGAGGCCGACGACGCUGCAAGCCGCCGGCGGGAGGCCCGUCUGCAUGGCUGGAGAGGCGACGAAUGUGCGGAUUUUGCCGGGAGAGAUGAUGGGAGGAACUGCAGAAGGAGCGACGAUGAAGAUUUUGUCGUCAGGAGUCGACCUCCGGUGGAGGCGCCGUACGUCCUUUCGCCUCACUCGCCUCGAGAACGAAGCGGCCCGCGGCCUGCGGCGGCAGCGGACCUUUGUGUGACCGGAGAAACCUUCGACUUCCUCCCUUUUUCUGCGUCUCCGCGCUCUCUCUCCUCCGCCUCGCCUCCAGCGCCGCCGAGGGAUAUGUACCCCGGCGAUGGUGAGGAACUCGUCGCACAGGGUAGGCACGUGGGAUUUCUGGGCGACCCCGACGACCCGCGAGACGAUGGCGUGAGGCGGAGACGGUGCCGGGGUUUCGACCGCGACGACAGCGCGCACGCGUCGCUCUCUUCCUCGGACGUUGGAGAGCUGCUUCAAACGCUCACGGGAGUUGGGGAGCUUCUGAAGCCUCUUGCCCAGGCUGCGGGGCGACACGACGACCGUGGGGUCUCACCGGCUCUCGACGUGCCGGCAGUCCUAGAGAAGCUUCGCGCGUCUCGGCAUCUGCAUCCUGCGCUGGAUCGCCUUUAUAAGGAUCUCUACAGUCUCUAUUUCCCGCAUGGCGGCGAAGCGGGCCGAGGACGAGGCGAGCCGCUGUUCGCUGAAGAGGAGGCAGCGCGCAGACGCGAGCCCCGCGAACGCCCCACAGAGGAAGAGAUCCUCAUCUCCUCUUUUAACCCCUUCGCGGAAAGGGAAAGGGAGGUGGAGCUCGGCCCAGGCGCGCGAGUGUCCUCUGGCCGCAAAGGCGACGAGAAGCGGCGGCGCGAGCAAGAGACUCUCCUCACGCAGCGCCUCCGCAAGAGCUACGAAGAGCUCUGGCUGAACGUUCGCAUGCGUCAAGAUAUUGACGCAGACGCCAAAGAAGAGGAACGGAGAAAAAAGCAAAUGAGGAAGCAGAAAAAGAAAGAGAUGAAGCGAAGGGCAGCCGAUGGCCUGCGAAUCGGUGUCGAGUUCCACCCUAGUGGCCUCACAGAAACGACCAGAAGAGGACAUGGUGACGAGUCAGAUGCGUCUGAAGGCCGACCAAAACUCGCGUGGAAAGACGCCGCCGUUGUCAGCGGAGCGAGCGUCCUGCGCUUUGCGGCGCCGCCUGUCCCACUUCCAACGGAGAUCAAGGCAAAACACGAAUCCUCGGAUUCCGAUUUCUCAUCGCUCCCGUCAGAGGCCUCCCCUCGCAGAGGCAACCGCGUCAGCCUGCGUCACGCGUCGCAUCCCGGGUGCACUUCCUCGGUCUCGCCCAGCCGCACGCCGAUUAACACUGAACACCGUUCUUUCCUCUCGCACUCGAGGCGCGGCGCCUCCUCUUCAGCCUCUCCUCCUUCCCGUGUAUCUGCUUGUCCUUCGGUCUACGGGUCGUCUCCGUCUUCUCGCCGGCCGGUCUCGUCUCUCUGUUCCGCGCCAGCUUCGCGGGUUGCCCUCUCUGCUACUCGGUUGAGCACACGAGAGAGCUCUCGUAGACACGAAACGGGAGAGAAACGGGAAGAGAAGUCCGCAUUCGGGAUGUUCGAUCCUGCGCGGUUCCAGGAGAACUUGGAGCAUGUCUCGCGGCGCAAUAGGCGCAGAGGCAGCCACUCCACCUCGGACGGAGACAGCCGGCAGGCGACGCGCGGGUCGCGGGCCCGCACACCCGCCCGUUGGGCUCCAGUCGGCGCCUUCUACGAGCGGACCCCAAAACAAGCCCAGCUUGGAGACUUCGAGGAGGCGAAAGAGUUCCGCUGGGGGCCGCGGUCGUAUUCGUCUUCAGAAGAGGAACGGGCGCGGAGACAUGACAAAGAAAAGCGCACGAGGAAAAAGGAGAAAGAGCGGCGGCGCGAAGAGCGCCUGUCGAGACACCAAGAGAGACACAGGCGCGGCGAGCGGAGACAUCGGCACCACUUUUCCCCAACGCAUCGCCACGGAUCGCGAUCUAGCCGCGAAAGGGAGCACAGGAGAGAGAGACACUGGUCAUCUCGCAGAAGAGACAGCUCAUCCGAAUAUGAAAGGAAAGGGCGUCGCGCGUCAUCAUACUCCUCUGCGUCUCCAGACCGUGCGCGGGCCCCGCCUGCGGCCCGGGCGCGCAAGGACGGGCCUCUCAAGGCGCCUUCGUCGCCCGCCGGCGCCGGCGCCGCUCCUCAGCGGUCCUCUGCGCCCUCAGCGGCUGACGCGAAAGCCGACAAGGACAGCCCUCUCGGGCCUCCGCCGUCAAAGGCUGCGAAGGCCAAGGGCCUCGCGUCCAAGGCCGGGUGUAGCUCUCUGAAAGCGGUAGAAGCGUCUCCGAGCUCCGCCGCCGCACAAGGCACGUCGCCGGUGUCUGACAAGAGCCGCGUCGAGGUCCUUGAGGACUCCGAAGGGAAGGCGAAGGCCGCUGCAUCGACGAAAAAGGAAGGCGAAGGUGCGGCGAAACCCCAAGUGAAAAAGGAGGAAAAUGGCGGCAAGGACACCGGCGCGGCCGCCGCGAAAUCCGCGGAGAAAACGGAGGUGAAGGCGGCCGCAGCAGCCGACGAGAAGAAAAUCGACGGCGGCGACUCCGGAGAGAAGCCUCCUCCAGGGAAAGGCACAGGGAAGAAGGCGCCGCCUCCACCAAAGGUUGGGAUCGUUCGCCUCAACACGAUUUACGGAAAGCACGAGGAUGACGCAGGGGAAAAAGACGCGAAAGUGGGCUCGGUUACGCCCGAGGGCAAAGCAGCGCCCGCCGAGGCCGACGAAGCCCGCAAGGAUGCAGGUGAAGCUCUCAGGAAGGCGGAAAAAGACGCGCAAUGCGCAAAGAACGGGAAAACCGAAGAAGACAGAGCGAACGGAGGGGAGGAGAAGAAACAAGUGGAAGGCGCGAAAUCUGCAGCGCCGAAGAAGGACGGCGGAGAAAAAGCGAAAGAGUCGGAUGCAGCGAAAAAGGAAGAGGCGAGCAAGGCAUCGGGCGAUAAAAAGGCGAAGGCAGACAAGCCGAAAGAAUCCUCUCCGGAAGCGGCCGCCGCAUCCGACAAAAAGGAAGAAGGGCCUCGCAAGAAGCCUAGCAACGGCGCACGGCCUCUCCUCGCUGCCGGCGAGAACGUCCUUUCGCCGAGCAAGUCUUUGUGCUUCGCAAUGAAACAACAGCAACCGAGUCCUCAGUCAGGGGUUCUGUGCAAGAGCGCACAGGGCGUUCAAGUCGUAGUUUCGCCCGAAGGCCAAGGGGAAGCGGCGGCGUCAAAGACCGACUCUAAGAUGCCUCCGAAGGCGGAUUCGGCAGGGACUGCGCCGUCAGGUGGGCCGAUGACGGAAGAGGCGAAGAAGAGGAAGCUGCAGGAGCUGAGGCGGCUUCUGCGGAAACAUAAGGGCCUGCGCCUGCCGCGUCUGGGGCGAAAGGGAAAGAAAAUACGCGAUCCGACGAUGCACGACACAUUCUCCACGGACGCCGUUCAAAACAUCGUUGAAGACCUCGCGGCUGCGGGCCUCUGGGACCCGUCGGGCAUGGACUACUCGGUCGCAGACUUGCUCGAGGCGGAAGACGAUGAGGAAGAAGCAGAAUCACCGCGGCAGCCUCCUCCGUCGCUCCUGAAGCGCGGGUCCGGCGGUGCGGCAUCCCGAGGUGAGCUCGAAGCCUAA